AUGAAUAAAAACCAAGUUAUUUAAAUAAAUUCUGAGUAUGAGAGAAUAAAAUUUACUUUUCCUGUUUUAGAGAAGUUUAUUAUAAUGGUAUAAUAUCAAUAGAAAAUAUAAAUAGGACUUAAACAAUAAAAUAGCUUUGGAGGAUUUGAAAUUCACUUUUACAAAUAUCUUAAAGGUAGAUCUAUUUGCCAAAAAGCUUAGUUUUUUGAUUAAAAAAGGGUUUCUAUAAAUUGAAUUGAAUUCAUAACAAUCUCUAAAAGGGCAAAUUGCUUUAGAAAAUUAUAAAAAAGAAUAAGCUCAUAUUGAAGUGAUUGUCAAAUUUUUUGAAGAAGGAGCUUGA